GGGAAUCAGCUUGUGCCAAUCACUGUUUCCACCUUACUUACUUACUUACUUACUGCUGCAGUGUCCGUGGAGAUCAGGAACUCCAGCUGUGAGGAACGGAGUCUUUAUUACACAUCACAUAUUCUGUAUUCUCUCUGAUUCACCGAGGAUGGACAAAGACAUGAGUCACAGGACUGAGAGGAUAAUAAAAAUCACCCUGGAGAUCAUCUACCUGCUGACUGGGCAGGAUUACACAGUAGUGAAGAAGACAUCCAAUGAGUGUGAGAUACUCAACAGCCAUCCCCGUGUGUCAGGAGGACUGAGUAGAACCCAGAGCCCCAUCCCAGUGCCUCCACCUCACUCACUAAUACAUGAGAGACACAAUGACAAGAAGAUCCUGGAACUCACCAAUAAGAUCAUUCAGCUGCUGACUGGAGAGGAGGGGGAGUAUAUAGAGGAACACAGGGGUCUGUACAAGGACGUGAUGAUGGAGAAUCACCGGCCCCUCACAUCACUGGAUGGGCCCAGUAACAGAAAUACCCCAGAGAGAUGUCCCCGUCCUCUGUAUACCCAGGACUGUACAGAGGAGUAUCACAGGAUCCCACAGGAGGAUCAGGGUGAAGCCCAAUUAAAUAAUAUUAAAAUCAAAGAUACAGAGGAAGAAGAAGAGACGUAUGUGACUGAUAUGAAGGGAGAAGAUAUAGAGGGAGAAGAAGAGACGUAUGUGAUUGAUAUAAAGGCAGAAGAUAUAGAGGGAGAAGAAGAGACGUAUGUGAUUGAUAUAAAGGCAGAAGAUAUACAGGGAGAAGAAGAGACGUAUGUGACUGAUAUAAAGGCAGAAGAUAUAGAGGGAGAAGAAGAGACGUAUGUGAGGGGUGAUCAGCAGUGUAAGGAGGAGGAGAUCCCUACCGAUAUCAGCACAGAUGGACACACAAGCAGGAAUAUCACAGAAGGACAUCUAAUGUUAUCCCCGGAUUGUGACAUAAAAGAUAAUGACAGCAGACAGGAUUCUCCAGGAGCUAACCCCAUUACCCCAAUUAUACAUCCAGCUCUAUCAGCUGAUCCCCCUGAUCCUGGGAAAUGUUCUCCUGAUCACUCUGAUAUUGGUGCAUCUGUUACAGCUCUGACAUUAGAUACAGUGUUUCCCUGUUCUAUAGAUGCCAAAUGUUUUAUACAGAACACAAAGCUUAUUACCCAUCAGCCAGCUAAGACAGGUGAGAGGCCAUUUCCAUGUUCUGAGUGUGGGAAAUGUUUUACAUACAAAUCACUUCUUGUAAUACAUAAGAGAAUACAUACAGGUGAGAAACCAUAUUCCUGUUCUGAGUGUGGGAAAUGUUUUACAUACAAAUCAACUCUUGAUGCACAUAAGAGAAGUCACACAGGUACAUCACCAUUCCCAUGUUCUGAGUGUGGGAAAUAUUUUGCACGGAAAUCACAACUUGUUACACAUCAGCAAAGUCACACAGGUGAGAGGCCAUUUCCAUGUUCUGAGUGUGGGAAAUGUUUUGCAUGGAAAUCACAACUUAUUACACAUCAGCGAAGUCACACAGGUGAGAAGCCAUUUCCAUGUUCUGAGUGUGGGAAAUGUUUUACCCAGAAAUCACAACUUAUUAAACAUCAGCGAAGUCACACAGGUGAGAGGCCAUUUCCAUGUUCUGAGUGUGGGAAAUGUUUUGCAUGGAAAUCACAACUUAUUACACAUCAGCGAAGUCACACAGGUGAGAAGCCAUUUCCAUGUCCUGAGUGUGGGAAAUGUUUUGCACAGAAAUCAGAUCUUGUUAGUCAUAACAGAAGUCACACAGGUGAGAAUCCAAUUUCUUGCUCUGAGUGUGGGAAAUGUUUUACACGGAAAUCACAACUUGUUACACAUCAGCGAAGUCACACAGGUGAAAGGCCAUUUCCAUGUCCUGAGUGCGGGAAAUGUUUUGCACAGAAAUCAGAUCUUGUUAGUCAUAACAGAAGUCACACAGGUGAGAAGCCAUUUUCUUGCUCUGAGUGUGGGAAAUGUUUUGCCCGGAAAUCACAACUUGUUAUACAUCGCAGAAGUCACACAGGUGCGAAGCCAUUUUCUUGCUCCGAGUGUGGGAAAUGUUUUACAAUGAAAUCACAUCUUGUUAGACAUCAGCAAAGUCACACAGGUGAGAAGCCAUUUCCAUGUUUUGAGUGUGGGAAAGGUUUUGCACGCAAAUCAGCUCUUUUUAUACAUCACAGAAGUCACACAGGUGAGAAGCCAUUUCCAUGUUCUGAGUGUGGGAAAGGUUUUGCACACAAAUCAGUUCUUGUUAAACAUCACAGAAGUCACACAGGUGAGAAGCCAUUUUCAUGUUCUGAGUGUGGGAAAUGUUUUACACAGAAAUCACAACUUGUUACACACCAGAGAAGUCACACAGGUGAGAAGCCAUUUCCAUGUUCUAAGUGUGGGAAAUGUUUUGCACAGAAAUCACAACUUGUUACACACCAGAGAAGUCACACAGGUGAGAAGCCAUUUCCAUGUUCUAAGUGUGGGAAAUGUUUUGCACAGAAAUCACAACUUGUUACACACCAGAGAAGUCACACAGGUGAGAAGCCAUGUUAAUCUUCUGGAGUAUACUUAUCAUUGCCAUGCGUUGCUCUUCAAGUUUCUUUUCCUAUCUCCUAUGCUUUUUGCAAAAUACAUGCUCCUGCAGGGUGAAAUAAUCAGGUGUCAUGCCCUCAUCUACCACUGCUAUGUAGAUGACCUGUCUUUUGCUCCAAGUACUGAGAACCCAGUACCAAUCCUAAAUGUCUAGCUGAGCUCCAGGUGUGGGUGAUGCCAGUUCGCUGUGACUCAAACCUGGUGAAUCGUCCUUAUGAUAGAAGCUCACCAACAAAGGGCAGGGCUACAGCUCAGCUUUGCAAACCAACUAGACUUGUGCUUGGAUCUUCAGAGUUACAAAAUGCUGAUCAUGUGCGGAUUCUUGGUGUCCUGGAUUAUGGAGUGACACUUAGACAUCAGGUAUCAGCCACAAUCAGAUCCUCAUCUGAGGAACAUAGCCAGACUCCAGCACUUAUUUCCCUCAGAAGCUCUACCUACAGUCAUACAUGCAUUGCAUCAUCACACAUAGACUACUGUAAUGUCCUCUACCUGGGUCUCCCAGCAAAAGAAUUGUACCGCUUGUAGCUUUUACAGAAUGCAGCAGCCAGGCUGUUACCUAACCAACCUGUUCCUGCCACAUAACACCCAUUCUCUGCUCCCUUCACCGGCUACCUGUAAGAUGGUGACUCUAUUACAUAAUCUUUCUGACUCUCCCAGCCCUAAAUGACCAGGGUCCAUGGUACCAGAAGCAGCUUCUGCCUCCUUACUGCCCUGCUUACUUCCAUAUGGAGAUGAAGGACUGUUACCAGCAAUACCAAGAAUUCCCAAGCAGUGCUGAGAUGUCAGGGGGGAGACAGAGUGGUGGCACUAUUGCUGUAGUGGGGCCUGCCGAAGGCAUUGUCAGUGGGUAAUAUUGUCCUCAAGCGGUGCUGAGGUGUCAGGGGGAGACACAGUGGCUGGCAGUAGUGGGGGGAAGACUGUGGGUGGCAGUAGUGGAGGAAGAUGGGGCUUUGGAAG